AUGCGUCUUAUAUUGAGACCAUUGGUGACUAUAUUUAGAAAAACUGUACAGUCCAAUAGAAGUGUCCAGUUGCGACACCCAUUUACUACAGCCUUAGUUUGGAGAGCCAUGGAAGACAAGGAGUCUUUAAAGAAAAGAUUAACGCCGCUUCAAUACCACGUCACACAAGAAGCUGGAACUGAACGGCCCUUUACUGGGUGUUACAACAAAUUCUAUGAAGAAGGUCUUUACGUUUGUAUAGUGUGUCGACAAGAAUUAUUCACUUCUAAAACUAAAUAUGACUCUGGCUGUGGCUGGCCUGCAUUCAAUGAUGUACUUGCUAAAGAAAAAGUGACAUUACACCAGGAUACAAGUGCUGGUAUGGUGCGAACUGAGGUGAGAUGCUCCAAGUGCUCAGCUCACCUUGGACACGUGUUUAACGAUGGGCCGGCGCCCAGCAAGAAACGUUUUUGUAUUAAUUCGGCGUCCAUGGACUUCAUUCCGGCAGAAGAGCGAAACGAUUAG